AUGGUGGGGAUUGAAGCACACUUGGAUAAAUUGCAGUCUUUGUUGCAAUUAGAAUAUGAGGAUGGAGCUAUGAUUGUUGGAAUCUUUGGUCCUGCGGGAAUUGAUAAAACUACCAUUGCGAGAGCUUUACAUAGCCGACUCUCUAGUAGUUUUGACCUUACUUGUUCUAUGGAGAAUAUUAGGGGCAGCUAUGAUAGUGGUCUUGACGAGUAUGGUUUAAAGUUGCGGUUACAAGAGCAACUUCUUUCCAAAACUUUAAACCAAAAUGUUAUGAGGAUAUUCCAUUUAGGUACGGUAAAAGAAAGGCUGUGCGACCUGAAACUGCUUACCAUUCUUGAUGAUGUGAAUGAUGUAAAGCAAUUAGAGGCUUUGGCUAAUGAAACUACAUGGUUUGGUCCUGGAAGUAGGAUUAUUGUGACAACAGAAGAUCAAGUGCUUUUGCAGCAACAUGGUUUUGAUAUUACAUACCAUGUGGAUUUUCCAUCUAGAGAAGAAGCUCUUGAGAUCUUAUGUAGAUAUGCUUUUAGACAAAGCUCUUCACCUGUUGGUUUUGAACAGCUUCCAGAAAGAAUAACAGACCUUUGCAGCAACCUUCCGUUGGGUCUCCGUGUUAUGGGUUCAUCUUUACGUGGGAAGAAUGAAGACGACUGGGAAGUUAUACUGCAUAGGCUAGAAAAUAGCCUUGAUCAAGAUGUUGAGAGAGUACUUAGAGUCGGAUACGACAGUUUACAUGACUACGAUCAAUCUCUAUUUCUCCACAUUGCAUUCUUCUUUAACUACGAAGACGAUAAUCAUGUGAUAGCCAUGCUCGCUGACAGUAACUUGGAUGUCAGUCUCGGAUUGAAAACCCUCGCCUAUAAAUCUCUCAUACAUGUUGAAAGUAAUUCAUCAUCACUUUCACAUGUGCUUCUAGAUUGUUUUACCAUGGAGGUUGGUGAAAGAAUGUUGGUGAAGGAGGUACACAAGUCAAAAAUGGAGGUUGGUUUUGUUGUCAACAAAUUUGGCUCACUUAUUCACACUUAA